AUUUGAAUCAAACGUCAAAAAAACGGGAAUAGGUUAGGAAACCUAUAAGCAAAACCGAUUAAAACGUAUUUUUCUUAUAAAAAAUAACAAAGAACAUAUUACGCCAAUGUAAUUUAUUGAUUAAGGUGCGCUAAUAAAACAGUUGUCGUGUUUAUUGUGCAAUAAAUUUCAUUCCGGAUUCUGAAAUUCAAAAAAUCACGUACAAAAUGACUUCUAUGUUCGAUCAAUUUGAACAAGCAUCUCAAAAACUAGAUUCUAACAACGAUUUAACAGAUAUAUCAUCUGGUUAUAUUAAUAUGAAAAUGGAGAAGGAACUUCCUAUUUUUACGAAGAGUAAGAUGUGCUUUAAUCCAUCAGCGAAAAUAACACAUGUCGCUAUAAGUAAUAAAAACCUGGCAGUUGCUAUGGCAAAUGGUAUGCUCUUUCGAAUGAACAUUCACCAACCAGAGCAACAAAAUGAAAUUUCAUUACAUAAAUAUACUGCUUUGUGCCCAUUGACAAAUUUGUUUCUUGAUCCCAGUGGUAAUCAUUUGCUAAUUAGUUUUGGCUCAAAAUCACCGGAGUUACUUUAUUUAUCAAGGAAAUCAGUAAAAUUAAAGGUCUCUACAAAAUUCAAAGGGCAUGAGAUUACAGAAGUUGCAUGGAAUAAUCUUAAUGAAAGUGAAUCAACAACUGGUCCCAUUUUAUUAGGUACAUCAAAAGGACUAAUUUUUGAGACAGAAAUUGCCUUGGAUGGAGACAAGUUUCUCACAAGUGGAUUUUCUUCAAGUAUUGAACAGUAUUGGAGGCAGAUUCCAAAUUAUUUACCCAUUUAUGGAAAUAAAGAAGUAGAUGGUUUGGUGUUUGAUAUUGGCAAAGGCACAGAUACUCCAAUAACUGGUUUACAUUUCGAUCGAAUAACAGGGACCGAUAAAUAUUUUAUUUUUGUUGCUACUCCAAACAAGUUGUACUUCUUCGCAAGAAACAUUAAUUGUGAAGAAAAGCCACUUUUGCAACAAGUGUUUAACAAAUAUUUAAACAUUCCAGAAAAAGAUACCUUUUACAAAGUUGAAAGCAAACUGAGAUAUUCUAGACUACGAUUCUGGUCUGAAAAUCUUACUGUUCCAGACUCACUAGCCUGGAUGACAGAAGGCGAAAUUUUGUAUAGCAAAUUUGACCUUCCUACUCAAGAAAAUAUUAAUUCAAUUUUGGCCAAUGCAGAAACAAUUCUAUUUCCUAAACCGUUAUAUCAAGAUUAUUCAGUGUCCCAAAAGCCUCCGAUUGCUUGUGUUUUAACAGAGUUUCAUGUACUUCUUGCAUACACUGAUGCUAUAAAAGGAAUUUCGUUACUUAACAGAGACGUUGUAUAUGAAGACAAUUAUAACGAAGCUUUUGGAAAGCUGAUCAAUAUCAUAAAGGACCCUAUGACAGGGACCAUUUGGGCAGUUACUGAAAACGCCGUUUUCCGUUUCAAAAUAACUAAAGAAGAACGUAACAUUUGGCAAAUUUAUUGUGAAAAACAGCAGUUUGAUCUGGCAAAGAAAUAUUCACGUCAAAAUCCGGUACACUACGACCAAGUUCUUAAAAAGGAAGCCGACAUGCUUUUCGAGAAAAAAGUCUACGAGGCAAGCGCUCAGAGGUACGCAGAAACGCAAACCAGUUUCGAAGAAGUCUGCCUUAAGUUCAUCCAAGUCGAUCAAAAAAACGCACUCAAAAUUUUCCUAAAGAAAAAGAUGGAAAGAUUAAGUCCUCAGGAUAAAACCCAGAUCACGUUGAUCGUUAUUUGGGUUGUGGAGUUAUACUUGGAUCAAUUGGAAGAAAUGAGGAUCACGGGCAAAGAACAGACUGCAACGUAUUUUGACCUGCAGAAGGAGUUUCAGGCGUUUCUCGCUCUUCCUCAAGUGUCAGAUUGCAUUAAAAAUAACAAGUCAACGAUAUACGAUCUCAUGGCUAGUCAUGGAGACAAAACUAAUCUCAUACAACUUACUAUUGUUAAUAAAGAUUUUGAGAAGUUAAUUCGACAACAUAUCUACAAAAACAAUUUCCAUGAAGCACUGGACGUGCUAAAAAGCCAAAAUAACAGAGAAUUGUUUUAUCAAUUCGCUCCUAUUUUGAUGCAAGAAAUCCCGAAAUUUACCGUGAAAGCUUUGAUCGACAAAGGUGCUCAUUUAAGUCCCGUAAAGCUGUUACCAGCCCUCGUAAGCUGCGAUAGCGAGGAGCACUCUCGAGAGAUUGUAAAAUAUCUCGAGUUUUGCGUAGGCAAAUUGAAAUGUUCAGAAAAGGCCAUUCACAAUCUUUUGCUCACCCUAUUUGCUAAAUAUGAUCCACAAAAACUUAUGGAAUAUUUGAAUUCACAAGGACAAGAUAUCGGCAUGGUAAACUAUGAUGUACAUUUUGCUUUAAGAUUAUGUACAGAAAAGAAAUUAACCGCUGCCUGUGUACAAUUGUCUGGAUUAUUAGGACUUUGGGAAACUGCUGUAGAUCAAGCUUUAACUAUAAAUGUUGAAUUAGCGAAGCAAAUUGCUAAUAUGCCUUCUCAAGAAGAUGAAGAACUUCGAAAGAAAUUGUGGCUCAAGAUAGCACAACAUGUAGUAAGUGGCAAAGAUAAUAUUGAACAAGCCAUGGAAUUUAUUCAACAGUGUGAAUUAUUGAAAAUUGAAGACAUCCUCCCGUUUUUCUCUGAUUUUGUCACAAUCGAUCAUUUCAGGGAUGCCAUAUGUAAAUCCCUAAAGGAUUACAAUCAGCAAAUACAAGCCUUAAAAGAUGAAAUGAGAGAAGCAACACAGUCAUCUGAAUUGGUUCGAAAGGAAAUACAAUCAUUUAGAAAUAGCUUUACUUAUGUGAGCAGUUCAGAUGUUUGCGAAGUCUGCAACUUGACUCUUAUGAUCAGGCCCUUUUAUUUGUUCCCAUGCAGACAUAAGUUUCAUAACGAUUGUCUUCUCAAAGAGCUGAAUCCUAUGCUAGGGCCCAUUAAGAAAAAUAAAUUAGCAGAUCUUCACAGGCAAUUGAACGCUGUUGGCACAUUAUCAGCACAAUCUGAUAACAUUAGCACAUGCUCAGGCCUGUCUACAAGGGAGGCAAUCAAAGCAGAUAUCGACAGUAUUGUAGCUUCCGAAUGCUUAUACUGUGGCGAAAAUAUGAUAAGAAACAUCGAUAUGCCUUUUAUUGAUGAAAGUGAUUAUGAAAAAAUUAUGAAAGACUGGGAAUAGCUUGUUAAGAUUUAUUGAACCGUAGGUAAUAUUAUACUUUAAAACCCAAAAAGAGCUUUAUGAAUUGUAUAGCAUCAUUUUCUAAGUUAAAUGAAUUAUGAUUUUUUUUAAAUGCGUACGUUCAAUUAUUAACAACAACUAAUUAUAAUUAUAAUGAGCAUAAACCAUCGGUAUAAACUAAUUUUUGUUUUAUUUAGUAAAUGUCUGUAGACCAACAGAACUAUGUAUUCUUUCAAUAUGCUGAGUAAUUUGCAAAUUUAUAUAAAUAUAAAAGAAUAUGCAUAAAA